GGAGGACUUGAGGCAUUUCCAUUGGCCACGUCGAAGAGAGAGAGGAGGGGAGAGACUCAGUGACUGGCACGAAUUCCACAGCGCUCCUCAAAUUUCUUCAAAUCACGGACCUCCUGCUCGAAUCCGUCCCGACAAACAUCCAGAGCAGCUCCCCCUCCUCACACAAGACCUCCGCCGCUUGCACAAAAUGAUGUUGCGAAGUGCUGCCGUGCUCCUUCUGCUGUCCGUGGCUCUCUCUAACGCAGAGGACCUGCAGAGUAAGAGCAAAGUGUGUGCCAAUGUGUUCUGUGGAGCUGGCAGAGAAUGUGCCGUCAAUGAAAAAGGGGAGCCAAGCUGUCUGUGUAUAGAGAGCUGUAAACCCCACAAGAGGUCAGUGUGUGGCAGCAACGGCAAGACCUACAGGAAUCACUGCGAGCUCCACAGAGACGCCUGUCUGACGGGUUUGAAGAUCCAGGUGGCCCACGAUGGACACUGCCAGGAGAAGAAAACAGAGCAGGCAGCUGCCAGCCCAGUGGUUUGCUAUGCUGCUGACCGCAAUGAACUGAGAAGUCGUGUGAUCCAGUGGCUGCAGACUGAGGUUGUCCCAGAUGGAUGGUUUGUCAAAGGAUCCAACUUUUCUGACAUCCUGCUCAAAUACUUCAAGUCGUAUGACAAUGGCGACUCCCAGCUGGACUCCUCAGAGCUGCUCAAAUUCAUCCAGCACAAUGAGUCACUUAUUGAGCUGCAGUCGUACGCAGACCAGGAGAGCAACAAGCUGCUCAGGAGUCUGUGUGUUGAUGCCCUCAUUGAGCUCUCUGAUGAGAACGCCGACUGGAAGCUGAGCUUUGAUGAGUUCCUCAACUGUCUGAAGCCUGGCUUUAAUCCACCUGAGAAAAAAUGUGCCUUGGAGGAUGAGACUUACGAGGAUGGUGCAGAGACCCAGGUGGAGUGCAACCGCUGUGUUUGCGCAUGUGGCAACUGGGUGUGCACCGCCAUGACCUGCACUGACAAGACUGCAGCUAUAGAUGACUUAACAGAUACCGGAGCAGAGAUGACUGAGGAGGAGUGGAACCUCCGUGUGGCUGAACUCAACAAGCACCAGGAGACAGUUGAGAAGAUGAAGAGCAGCACAAAAGAGGCCUAAAUAUGGAAGUAAUGACGGAGAGGAUGCACAACAUCGACCUUUCUCCACAUUUUUCUGAAGUUGCGGCCGCGUGUUGUCAUUAAACUGAUGUUUUCAUGUUUCUCUGCUAUGUUAAUUAUUAUACAUUUUUAAGUGUUUUUAAAUGUUUGUGUUACUGUUUGUUAGAUUCAGGGGCAAUCAGAGAGUAUUAUAAGAUUCCCUUGUGUUCAGUACUGUCAUUUUUGAUUGUAUUACUGUGCCCCUGCACUAGCACCUGGGGCAGUUUUUACUACAGUCUUUAUAUUUUUACAUUUAUUAGGAAAAAAAUGUCAAGUUGUCACUGUUUUGGAAUAUGGGAGUCACUGUUGGAGCAGGUUGGAUCAUUAGGAGCUUGGAGAAUCCUCCUGUUGAGAUGAGGGAGCUGUUGGAGUGCAGAGAAAGCUGACUGUUUGACACCAAGUGCACCUUUAUCUGCACUAAAAGGGUCUCAUGGGUAGAAGGUUAGUUUAAGGAUCCACAGGGCCAUUUGGAGGGUAGGAUAGAGUUAAGUGAUUUUGAUUUUGUUGCCAUUUAGAGCUGCCACAGUAGGCCACUACUUGACCAAUGCACUUCUCUUUAUUUUUCUAUGCUUUUUUAGUUUAUCACCAGCCUGACAUGUGUUUGUAUCUUAUUGCAUUGAUUAUAAGUAAUCAUGUUUGCUUCUGUGUACAGUAUGUUAUCAGCUUGAGUUGGAGCUCAUCUUGUUCCCAGGUUAUGCUCAGAUAGAUCUCUCUGGUGCUUCUGGCUUUACCUUUUCUUUGUCAUAAUUUCAAGACAAAGACUUCAGCUCUCAGUGUGGAACAGCGUCACUGUGCCCAGGUGAGAGCUGAUCUGAAGAUAGCAUGGUGAAAACUGAAACCAAAGUCUUGAUGAAGUGUUUGAAUAAUGUACAAAAUUCUCCAGGUACAACAUUACCCUGGACCCAGCAACAACACUAUACCUGUGCUUUCAAAAUCACUCUAACAGAAGGACUAGCCUCACUUUCAGCUAAAGUAGCUUAGACGCAUCAGUAACUGGAUGCAUGUACAUUGUGAGUGUGUGUGUGCGUGUGUGUGUGUAUGAUGAGUAGUUGGGUUUGUUAAAAGCGUUUGGAAAAGUCCUGUGUCUGAAUUUGAUGUUUGAAAAUAAAAAUCAGUGCCUUAAACCUGCAAACAGCAUCUGUCUCUCCCUUUGCCUGGAUGUAGGCCGCCGUACGCCAAGCACCAUCGCAAGGGUGAGUGUCCUUUGCUGAAGUUUAGAAAUAAACUAGUGCUUUGUGACUUGAUCCCUUGAUACAUGUUUAUAUUAAAGUUGCAUUUCUAGGUUAAAACUAAAUCUUUUUAUUCCACUAAAGGUGCAGAGACUGUAAGGAAUAUGUAUGUAUGUAUGUAUGCCAAUAAACCCAAUAUACAACGACGUG